CACUCCAGUUAAAUUUAAGCAGCAGUGCAGGCUGUGCAAGUGAGGUUCAGAAGCCGUCAGGUUUUCAUAGCAGCAACCACCUACUGUUGUUUGUGGGGGCAUGCUGCAAUGGAGAGCCGGUUGUUGCACAAUUUGAUGCAGCAGCUGUCUACGAUUCUGAAACCAUUAUGGCGAUUGCUCUGAAGAACGCCAUUGUUUACUCGACGCUCGGCGAUUGCUCCGUGUGCGGCGCGCCGAAGUCGCGAGCCUGUUCCACCUGCUACGUCGACUUCUACUGCGGCCGCGAUCACCAGAAGGAGGACUGGGCCAGACACAAAGUGGGCUGUGGCGCCGUAGAAGUCCCCGAGGGCAAGAAGUGGCUGGUCGCUGCCAGGGACAUCCCAGCUGGCACCAGGAUCAUGCGGGAGGUGCCCGCCAUCAGCUUCCCGAAGCUGCCAUCGGGUUCCGAAGACGGGUGCCUGUGUCGUGGCUGCUUCACCUCUGUGAGCAGCACCAGUCGGUGCAAGAGCUGCGGCCUGCCCCUGUGUCGACAGGGCUGCGACCCGGACGGACUGCACCGAGCGGAGUGCGCCCUCCUCGAGAAGGCUGACUUUAAGUCGAAAGUCGACAAAGGUGUCGUGAAGCUUGGUCUGCACGCGUCGUACGCCCUGACGGUGCUGCGGACGUACUUGUGGCUCAACGACCAUCCGCAGAUGCACCAAGUCCUCGCGAGCAACAUGGACGUGGACGAGGCGUCGUUGAGCGAGGUGGCCAAGGCUGUGUGGCACUACACUCGUGACUGGCUGCUGAAGGAACUAGGUGUUCUGUGGAUCGUGGAAAAUCGGCUGCGUCGGGCCCUCCUCCUCGCCGUGAGGAAUCACCUGCUGACCCAUAAGGAGCAGCCUUCCAAGGGGUACGUGAUGAUGAGCAAUGUCCUGCUGGAGCAAGCGUGCCAGCCCAACACCUUCUCGGUGCUGUCGCCGCUCGACACGGGCCUCACGCAGCACGUGGUGUUGACUGCGCGGCUGGUUCGCCGCGGGGAGCGCCUCUCGAUGGACCACCUCGAGAACUCUCUGAUGGAGGAAGCUCAGCGACGCAGCUACCUGAGGUACUCUGACAUGCAGUGCUCGUGCAAGCUGUGCUCAGACCCCACGCGCCUGGGCCUUCAUCUCAACUCCUGGCCCUGCAGCCACUGCAAAAAAGGCAUGGCCGUGCCGCUACCGGCCGUUGGCGAGGAGGAGCCCGAUGCGCGCUGCAACAACUGCCAUCACCUGAUUCCCUCGACCGAAAUGAGAGCAGCCAAGAGUGGACCUCUGCGUCGCUUAGACUGCCUCGAAAAAGUUGCCGAGAAGAGUCCGUGGGCGUGGGCGCAGUUCCUUCAGAACGAGUUGACGCCGGUUGGCGCUCUUCACCCGACCCACUCCAUAGCACUUCGAGCCAAGCUGCAUUUCAUCUUCGCCAUCAAUUUUGUUGACAUCAGCCUGGAGCGCAAUGAAGAGGAACUGAUUCGCUGGGAAGCACUCAUACGGGACUUCUUACGGACCCUGGAAGUCUUGAUCCCGGGGCACAGCUGCAUUAGAAAUAGGGUUCUUGGACCUUUUGUCCAGGUUCUCUUUGGGCGGUUUCUGCACCUCUGGAAUAGGGACGAGCCAGACGCAGUCUGCAAGGUUCCUCUGGACGAGGCAGACCGCCUCAUUAAGGAGAUGGACGUUGUUGUAUCAACCUACAAGGAAGGACAAGACACGCUGAAAAAGAUCCGAAUGCAGCACACCAUGUGGAGCGCUGCACUCACUAUGCAGUUCACUGCUGCCCCGUGAAAGGGAAAGCUUUUCGACAGCAUAUUUACAUAAUUCAGGCAGUUUUGUGCAACCACAAUUACGGCUGGAUGUAGCUUGUAACGUGGAUGAUUCCACCCAUGAUUUAAAAGUGUUCGUGUCAAUAACAUACGAAGGUGCGGACGACGAAAUCAGGUUGUUGCGGUGAAAUCAUUCGUUUUUUAAGCAAAAUCCAUCAGUGACUAUGAUUGCACAAAAUUGUCUGUAUUACGGCCACGUAGUAUCCGUAAGAAGUUUAUUGUGUCAUUUGCCUGCCAACUCUGCCCUUGCAGGGUUUUCCGAUUGUAGUUAAAGUUCGUUUAUGAGUAUGCUUUCAAUGAUACUCCUAAAACUGAUUGUGAUUUCUCUGAAACUAUAUCCGAGCCUGCCAAGCUGGCAAAGCUUGCGUCACCAAGUCCUCCGACCUAUGCAUUUCUUUCACGUCAAUCAAUGGCACGGUGAUAGCAACUAACUCGUUUGAUCCGAAAAUUAAAGCCUGUCGUCUACGUUUGAGAUUUAUACAAGGAAAAAAUUAUCAAUGAAGAUGCAUUUCAGAUAUAAAUUUAUGGAAAAUGGGUAAUGUUAAUCUCAUUCAUUGCACUAGAUGGGUGGUUUGCAUCGAAACGUACAUUUAGGGGCCCGAAUUUCGUGAAGAUGAAGUUGGCCCCAACGGUACUUCGAUGGUGAUAAAUACCUGGGGAGCCUCAGACAGAAACUUCCUAGAACUCAAAAUAAAAGAUUUGCCUCUU